GGUCUGCCCAAUGCAUCCCCGGGGGUAAACUACCUGCCCUCCAGGACACCUAGAACACCCGAUGUCAUAGGAAGUCCAAAAAGAUCAUCAAGGACAUCAACCACACGAGCCAUGGCCUCUUCACCCUGCUAUUAUCCAGAAGGCGAGUCAUUUUCCUGAGGAGAAUAGCAGCCCAAUGACAGCUGAGAUUGAGGAUGCCCUAGUAUGAGCCGGAGGAGCAGUAGCAGCCCCAGCCUGUGGACCGUACUGCCUCAGAGUGGCCCUGCACCAUGUGAACGCUACAAGCACGCCUGCUGCUCCUACGGGGACAGUGUCUUUGUGUUGGGAGGGAGGGAGAGCCACUCGCUCAGGGACUUCUGGAGGUAUAAUGUUGUACGCAAUGAGUGGACAGAGUUGGACUGUAGCUGUGAGGCAGCACCUGAGGAGCUACAGGAACAUUCCAUGGUGGCCCAUCAGGGUGUUCUGUAUGUCUUCGGUGGAAUGAUUGAUUCUGCGUACACUAUAUGGAAAACCCCCCUCUGGGUGUUUGAUAUUGUGAAAGAGCAGUGGGUGUCCUGGCAGGAUAGGAACCCCCCUCAGAAUCAGGUGCCAGUCAACAGGAAGGGCCACAGUGCCGUGGUGUUUAGCUCUGCCAUGUACAUCUACGGAGGAUACAUUGACAUGAAAGCCUCAUCACAGGAGUUUUGGAAGUUAGAAUUUGACACUAUGUUGUGGUCCCUGCUGGACUGUACCCAGACAGAGGUGGGUCCAGGUCCCAGACACAGCCACUCUGCCAUGACACACCUGGACUGCAUGUACCUUUUCGGGGGUCUGAGAGGCCUGAGGGAGCAGAGGGAUCUGUGGAGAUGGAACUCUACCAGUCAUUCCUGGAGCUGUCUCAAUGCCACAUCAGGCCCCCCUAAGCUGGUGGGCCACUCAACUGUGGUCUACCGGGACAGCAUGCUUCUGUUUGGAGGAGGAGAGAGCCAGCACACACCCAGGAGCUGUCUAUGGAGGUACAGCUUCACCACCCAGACCUGGGGGAAGCUAGCCAUGCUACCCGGCUCCAACCCACCUCCCCACAGGAUCUACCACUGCUGUGCUGGCCUGGGCCCUAGCUACCAGCCUUCCGUGACCACAACCACCAGCACCACCCUGAUCCCCAGCACCACCAUCAGAAACAGACUUGACAGCAAGAUACGGCCGUUCAAGAACAAAUGCUCCCCAUCCUCCUCAAAGACAGAGGGCACUAUAGAGCUGGAGACGUUUAGUAGCUCGGAGAAGCUAUUGACUGAAGUGGAGGACUAUUGUAAUGGUCUAAGUGGGAAUGACACUCAGCGGUUUGGGAAUUGUCUGACCUUUGAGAACCAGGAGGCCUUCAGUAAGCAGUGGAGCUGUGAGAAUAUAGAGGAGGAUGGUCCAGGUAAACCAGAGGAGAGCCAUGAGAGCAUAGCACAAAACCUGCCUGAUUUGCUACUGGUGCUGGGGGGAAAGCCCUUAGUUAGACACACGGUCAUCUCUGUGUGGCAGAUGACAUUGGCUGACUUCUGAGCUUUGAGAGAAGGAAUGGCAUUUUAUAAACUACAGUGCCUUGGAGAGUAUUCAUCCCCCUUAGCGUAUUUCCUAUUUUGUUGCGUUACAACCUGUAAUUUAAAUAGAUUUUUGGCGGGAUUUCAUGUAAUGGACAUACACAAAAUAGUCCAAAUUGGUGAAGUGAAAUGAAAAAGAUUACUUGUUUCAAAAAUACAUUUAAAAAAUGGAAAAGUGGUGCAUAUGUAUUCAACCCAUUUGCUAUGAAGCCCCUAAAUAAGAUCUGGUGCAACCAAUUACCUUCAGAAGUCACAUAAUUAGUUAAAUAAAGUACACCUGUGUGCAAUCUAAGUGUCACAUGAUCUGUCACAUGAUCUCAGUAUAUAUACACACCUGUUCUGAAAGGCCCCAGAGUCUGCAACACCACCAAGCAAGCGGCACCAUGAAGACCAAGGAGCUCUCCAAACAGGUCAGAGACAAAGUUGUGGAGAAGUACAGAUCAGGGUUGGGUUAAAAAACAAUAUCUGAAACUUUGAACAUCCCACGGAGCACUAUUUAAUCCAUUAUUAAAACAUGGAAAAAAUAUCGCACCACAACAAACCUGCCAAGAGAGGGCCGCCCACCAAAACUCAUGGACCAGGCAAUUAGAGAGGCAACAAAGAGACCAAAAAUAACCCUGAAGGAGCUGCAGAGCGCCACAGUGGAGAUUGGAGUAUCUGUACAUAGGACCACGUUAAGCUGCACACUCCACAGAGUUGGGCUUUAUGGAAGAGUGGCCAGAAAAAAGCCAUUGCUUAAAGAAAUAAAUAAGAAAACGCAUUUGGUGUUCGCCAAAAGACAUGUGGGAGACUCCCCAAACAUAUGGAAGACAGUACUCUGGUCAGAUGAGACUAAAAUUGAGCUUUUUGGCCAUCAAGGAAAACGCUAUGUCUGGCGCAAACCCAACACCUCCCAUCACCCGAGAACACCAUCCCUACAGUGAAGCAUGGUGGUGGCAGCAUCAUGCUAUGGGGAUGUUUUUCAUCGGCAGGGACUGGGAAACUGGUCAGAAUUGAAGGAAUGAUGGAAGGCGCUAAAUACAGGGAAAUUCUUGAGGGAAACCUGUUUCAGUCUUCCAGAGAUUUGAGACUGGGACGGAGAUUCACCUUCCAGCAGGAAAAUGACCUUAAGCAUACUGCUAAAGCAACACUUGAGUGGUUUAAGGGGAAACAUUUAAAUGUCUUCGAAUGGCCUAGUCAAAGCCCAGACCUCAAUCCAAUUGAGAAUAUGUGGUAUGACUUAACGAUUGUGGUACAAUAGCAGAACCCAUCCAACUUGAAGGAGCUGAAGCAGUUUUGCCUUGAAGAAUUGGCAAAAGUCCCAGUUGCUGGAUGUGCCAUGCUUAUAGAGACAUACCAGAAGGUGGCUCUACGAAGUAUUGACUUUAGGGGUGGGGUGGGGGGGUGAAUAGUUAUGCACACUCAAGUUCAGUUUUUUUUGUCUUAUUUCUUGUUUGUUUCACAAUAAAACAUAUUUUACAUCUUCAAAGUGGUAGGCAUGGUAGGCAUGUUGUGUAAAUCAAAUGAUACAAACCCCCCAAAAACUAGUUUAAUUCCAGGUUGCAUGACAACAAAAUAGGACAAAUGCCAAGGGGGUGAAUACUUUCACAAGCCACUGUAUUUAAAAAGAAAAUGGCAUAUAUUUAUAUGGAAAUGUAUCACAAAGCGUGGGUGUGAUGCAGCUGUUGAUGCAUAGCGUUCCCACGCUAAGGUGUUAUUUAGUCCACAUAUCAGUCCCAAAUAUACUGUACAUAUCUUAAUCUUUGUUUAUUCAGCUGAAUAAUCGUUCAGUUUUAAGAAAACAAUUCAGCAAAUUUAUUUUUGCAGAGAAUCCAAAAAAUAAUCAUUGUACCUAUAUUCCCAAGUGUUAUGUUUUAGAUAGUUUAAAAAAGGACAUUGUUGUCAAUGUUAAACCAAGUGUUAAACCACAUUAAUUAUGAAAUUGUUUGUACUCAUAAAUAUUGCAUUUUUUAUGUUUUGUGUUGGUGAAAAUGGGAGAAUAUCCCCAAUUAACACAUUGGUUUUGAAAUAUUGUAUAUAUUUUAGCAAUUACAUUUACUUUUGAUACUUAUGUUUAUUAAAACCAAAUACUUUUUGACUUUUCAUUUUCUAUUAUGGUAUCUUUACUUUUACUCAAGUAUGAUAAUUGGGUACUUUUUCCAACACUGCCAGUUUUGAAUUCAUCUACCGACAAUGUUCCUGUCCUGCUAAGCAUUCAAAAUGUAACAAGCACUUUUGGGUGUCAGGGAAAAUGUAUGGAGUAAAAAGUUCAUUAUUUUCUUUAGGAAUGUAGUGGAGGAAAAUUAAAAGUUGUCAAUAAAUAAAUAGUAAAGUAAAGUACAGAUACCCCAAAAAAACGACUUAAGUAGUACUAUACGUAUUUUUACUUAAAUACUUUACACCAUUGAAAACCGGUCACUAGGGGCAACUGUGAGAGCUAUUACCAUCAAAUAGGGUGUUGCGGAUGAGCUCCAGCUCCGAGGGUCAAGUUUUCAAUCCCAGGGCUAGACCCUCGUUUUGCAUUUUGAGUUUUAACCCUAUCCCAAACCUUAACCAUUACCUUAACAAUUCUGAAUGAAUUCCUAAACUUAACCAUUGAAAUGUUUGUUAAUGGUAAAACAUCAGAUUCUGCAAUGACACUGAGAGCUUGUUGGUCAUUCCACCAAUUAGGUGCCUUUUGAGUAGUAAAAAAACAAAACAAAAUUUUAUAAAGAGCAAAUGUUCAAGUUAAUAAUAAACGUGUUUUCCCAUCUUAAAUUUAAACAAAAUACUAUAGUAAGUGCCUAUUAAAGUAAACAUUUACCCAUUUUGAAUGUUAUAUUGUUUGUGUGCAUCUCUGAGCAAUGUUCUAUCGGUUCCCUUGGUCAAUUCAUGUUUUCAUGUAUAUCUGAGAAAUUGUCGUUCAAGCAGACAGACAUUUGGCAGGUAUGAGGUAGCUUUGAGAUAAAGUAUUUCUUAACAGGGUGGAUAAGCUUUAAUAUAGCAGAUAGAUUGUAGCUUUGAUCAAUGUAAUUGUCUGCAUAAUUUCCAAUCUCCCAUAUAUUUUUGGGGUAUACAUACAUACAUACACAUAUCCACAUCUGUGACCCGAUUCAGGACACUAGGCAUAUGUUGCAAGUUACAACUUCACAGGAGAGCCGUUUGAACGCUAUACAUUUUUUUUGACAGAAAUGCCUUCUCGACCGUGUGAACUUUCAUGUGCCUUAAUAACAAACUUGUAUGCCAUGUGUAAAUACAAAUAAAAUUGUUAAACUACGA